GUGAUGGCUCUUGUCUGGCAUCACUGCUCACCCUCUGCGGUACCCGGCUCAUAUCGUGCGGCACUCGGCUCACUUCACAACAAUGCUUCUCAAGGUGACCCUCCUCGCCCUUGUUGGGUUGGCUCUCUCCUACCCACACGCCACCUACCCAGUCGACUACCACGCCAAGCCCAUGCCGUACAGGUUCGGAUACGGAGUGCACGACGAAUAUUCCGGACAGCAUUUCAACCGGAAGGAACACUCGGACGGCAAGACAGUGCUGGGGACCUACAAUGUGGCCCUUCCUGACGGCACCAAGCAGACGGUGAACUACAGAGCCGACCCCUACAGUGGCUUCCAAGCUGACGUCAUCUACAGCCCAAACCCUUACGGCCACUAAACGUUCUUCCAUAAACGUUCCGGGGAAAAAAAACGUACACGCCCAAAAACGUUUCCAAGACUCCUGGGAACGUUUGGCUCGGCUACACCACCUCUUACGGACAUGAGUCAAGAAACGUUCGCUAAACAGAAAACGGAGAAAAAAAAAAAAAAAACGUUGCCAGAUUUCAGAAUUGAUUGAUGAAAAAAAAAACGUUUGUCUCUUUAAUCUUUUAUUUUUUUCUUGUUUUUUUUUCUUUAUUUUAAGUGUUUUAUAAGUGUACCAAUAUUUGAUAAGUAGAAAAGGGGCAUUAUUAAGUGUGUUUAAGUGCUGUUUUCCUUGUUUUUUCUUUGUUUUUCUUUGUUGUUUUUUGUUUAUGUUCGUGUGUGAUGAAAGAAAUGUGUGAAAAUGUGUGAAAAAUUUGUGAUUUGAUUAAAAUAUUGCAAGAUUA